AUGUCGUCCUCAAGCCAGCGCCGGCUACAACAGGAAUCAGUCUCUUUCCAGGGCGGUGUUCGCCCAAUCCACACCCACGGACUUCCCAUUCGAAAGCACACUCCAACUCGACACACACAUCAUUUACAAAAUGGCUCUACCAGCUAUCCUCAUCUCGUUGCAAGAUUCGUCACUAGCAUCGCCCUUUCAAUCUUCACGUUAUCCUACGCGUCUUUGUUAGUCGUCGCCAGACCAUUCACUCUCAUCGUCCGAGUGGUUUCCGCUGUGGGAUGCAUUCUGGUCUCAGCACUCUACCGACCAUUUACACGUCUCUCGACGUCGACGCCAGCCCCAGAGCCACAGGAUGUCAUCUUCGUACUCAAUGCCACCAUCGAUAUCGACGCGAUGGAGGCCGACGAGGAAACCGAUAGCCAGAAGGGCCACCCAGUCGCCACUGUCCCUUCCACGCCCCCUUUCCGAUUUCGCUACCCUGUUCGCCGACACUUUGUCCGCAGGGUCGAAGCCCCAGUAUCCGCGCCACUUCCGCCACCUCCCGUUAUGCCCAGAGGAAGGGGUCAAGCACUACGGCGAGAUACAUCCCCCAUCACUGUCUUCAGAAACCCCGAUCUUCCGGUUCGGCUUGAGGUCGUAGCCAACUUGACGGAGGACCAUGGUGCCUUUGGGUUUCUGAAGCCUGAGGUGGAGGGCAUGGAUCUGUCCGCUCACCACCCCCGGAGGAGCAGCGAGGUUGUGGAGACGCGAUUGUGGUGGCACGGCCCGAUCUCAAACCUCAAAGGCACUCUCAACGAGCUACCCCUGAUGACUACCCGACUGUCGAUCAGGGACUGUGAUAUCGCAGUUGAGGACAUACUCUGGAUUCUUUCAGGUUGCCCCCAUCUCGAAAUCCUCGACGUCCGUGAAGUCACAGACAAGGACCCCAUCCUGGCCAUGGGAGCCUCCACGACAUAUCCGUAUGGGAGCCACACAUUGCGCUCUCUGACACUCACAGCCACUGCGUCUCUCGUUCCACUUUUCGACCAGGCAGUCUCUCGGAAGGACUGGUAUCUCAGCUUCGUCACCAUUGCGCCGAAGUCCUAA